UAUCAAGACAUUUGCUCCCUAAUUUUGGCUAACUCUUCACUUAUCUUUUAUAGAACCAGCACUCAAGUGGGCCUUUUUUAAUGUGUUGCCCUUGGCUGGCCUUCUCUCCUGCAUUAAGAUAAAAAAAAAUCCAUGAAUAAUGCAAAUAGAUAAUUAAUGAUAUGAUCUCUUGUUUGCUUCAUGACAUCCCACUCAUAUGGAGAAACUCAACAAAAGUGGACUGCUACUUAUUGCAAAUAUGUGCCUCUCCAACUUACACAAGACUAGUGUUAGUAUCAGCUGAAUAUGUGCAGAGAGAGAUUGUGUCCUAUGCAGUGAAAAUCUUUUGAAAGUCAUCAUUAAUGAUAAAAGCUGAUAUAUGGAUAUAAUUUAGAAAGCAUACAAUGGUCUUGUGGUGAUGGAAUUUAAGUUCAGUCUGACCAAUAAAAGGGCAAAAUAAGACUUCUACAAAGUGUCUGCUGAUCUGUUUCAGCAUGGAAGGAGUGGUUCUUUGCAAAUUGACAGUGAGCUGUUACUUGUUCAUUUAAGUCUUUAAGAUGUUUGAGGAACAAUGCAAAUAGGGAGCAUCCAGACAAGGAUCCACACAGAAAUGGGUUUCGUAUUAUAACAAAGGUCCUACUCUCUUCUGUUAAGCAGUCUUCUUCCAAAAACGAUAUGGCACUGGUCUGUGCCUGCCUUACUCACCUGACAGUAUUUGUAUAUUCAAAUUUAACCUUCGACUUAAAAAGCAAUGAUUAGUCCAUGCCCAAGAGAUUCUAAUGGAUGAUUUUUGACAUAUUAGUAUGUAGUAGAUAUUUAUAGAUUUGUAAAUUUUUAAAUGUUUCAUUUAUUUAUAUUGCAGAUAAUAUUCCAUAUUUUUCUACUAUAUUUUCCUGUACUAUUUAGCUACUUUUUUUUUUACUACAUUCACAAAUGCCACUGCCAUACUGGAUAGAAAUUAACAAAGUGAUGCAAACAUGAUGUGCCACAAACACCACAAGACCAAGUGCUGCUACACUGCUACCAGUCUACUUUGCAAAACCAGUGCUAAUUUUUUAUUUGCAGGGAUUUUUUUUGUGGUGAAGUGCAGCAUAAUUCUAAUUAAGUAUAUAAUUGUAUUUGACAGCUUUAAUCCUUACUAGAUAGGCAACUUUGAAUAUAGGAAGGCAUUAUCAGUAUGAGAGAUAAGAGUAGGAGGGAAAAGGGAAAGGGAACAUGUAUUACAAAUUUUUUUCUCUCUUCAUAUGAAGUAGAAAAAAAAUAGUAAAUCAUCAGAUAUGAAAUUAAUUUUCUAAACUUUUAUGUGAUCCUCAAUUAAUGUGUGAAAGAAAUUUAAGGAAGGAAUUGUCACAGUACAAUUACAGGGGUUACACAUUUUGUUAUUAUAUGAUUUUUUUUUUUAAAUCAUUAAUGUGUAUCCUUCAAGUAUAUAAAAUGAAGUGAAAUUAAAGAUAUAUUCUGUUUCACGUGUAAAGUAAACCAAGAUGAUGUCACAGGAAGUUCUUUCUCUUGUCUUAUCAUUACUUGACAUAAAAGAUUUCCGUUCAGUCUCGUGUAACGUUCCAGCAUAACAGUGUGUUGGAUCUCUCUAUUCUGCUUUGACGUAUUUGUUUUUAACUUGAGGUUUCGUUUAUGAGAUUAUCUUCCCAAUACAGUACACAGAAAUGGAUUGGAGCAAUAAUGAGAAUAUUUAUUCCAAUAGUGAAGCUAUAUUUUUUGAUGGGCUAAUCAAAUCAGGAAAUAUAUUGGAAAAUGCAACCGAUAGUGAUGAGAGUGACUUCAGUGAGGAAGAGGAGGAGCUGCAAAAAGUGGAAGAGCAGGAAGAGGAGGAAUACCUAGUGCCAGACAGACAACCAGUGCAGGAUGCUAAUAUACAAGAUUUACAAGCCAGGCCACCUUACCCAACCCCAAGAAAUCAAUCAAAAGCAAAAGAUGAAACAUUUGAUAAUCCAGACGCCAUUUAUUUGGAGCCAAUUCAACCAAAGCCACAACUACCACCGACCUGCCCUUUAUCUAAACUCCCAUUUAUUGCCACCAAGGGACCUAACAUGAUUAGGAACAUAAGUUAUGAACUUAUACCUCCUCCUAGUGAAGGAGGCCCAGCACCAUCCUUUCAUAAAAAGGUAUCUAAAGAUUCUCAGCCUCAACCACAAAAAACAAAAAUAGUCCACCGGCCAUACGUCCCAGAGCGCAACAAUUCCCCAAUUGGUGCUUCAGAAGAUGGAAAAGGUGGUGCCAUGGGUAUUUCAUUCCUUCACCGGCUCCAUCAGGAAAAUAAGCCUGCCCCCCUUCCCAAGAUCCCUAAGCCUUGGAUAUUACCUUCCUCACAGGAAAAGAAUGAACAUGAGUAUGAAUGUGUGGAUAACCCUUUAGCAUCAUGUGGAGGUCCUGAAUUUCCUGGCUCAGCUGUACCAGACUUUGAUGAUGACUGGAACAGGCAGCUUGGGGCUGCUACCCUUCCUCAGAAAAAACAAUCAUCUGUCUCUCGAAAUCAUCUAGGAGGGACUGAUUCUCGCUUAGCAUCAGGUUCACUGCAGCGUGUUCCCCAUAACAGACCACCCAUGCCAACAAAUGAGUUUGCACCUUCUCUGCCAUAUGUCAUUUUGGAUAAUGGAAAAACACUUGAUCUUACUCCACUCUACAAGAAGCUCUUGGAGAAGCCAUACUUUCAUCUAAUCUCAAGACACAAAGCUGAAAAUUUGAUUAUGCCUGGAGAAGAUGGAAUCUUCCUUAUUCGACCAUCAACCAAAAGUGGACAUCCACUCACCCUUGUCCUCAGUCUUGAAAAACAUCCUUACAAUAUCAACAUUAGGCAGAGGCCUGACUCUCUCUUUGCUUUAGGCAAAGAGAAGACACAAGAAAAGGCAUUUUCUUCACUUGAUGAAUUAGUCAACACCUAUAGUAGGGAACCCAUCAAGCUUGAGAAUGGCAAGAAGGCCUUCCUCAAACACACACCUCCAAAGAAAGGAAAUUCAUAUGUUAAGCAUCAUCCACCAGGUCUUGCUAAGAAAUACUGAAAUAUCAAUGAAUAAUCUCCAAGAUAGCAGUAUUUGUUGCUAUUAGUACUAUUGUUGUUGUUAGAGUACAUUGUAUAAUUUAGCUUGAUUUAUGUUGAUUUUAAUAUUUUUAAAAAUAUUAAACUUAUAAAUAGCAACUG